AUGGAGUUGGAAAGCCGACAGGUCAGGACUAUUCAUGAAGUCAUCAUGCAAGCCAAAGCUUUGAUAGACUUCAGGAAUGAAAAUCCCAACAAAGCCAGAGGAGACAAAGUGAGAGGUAGUCAUGACCAUGGUGGGGGAGAUCGUGGCAAAGGCAAGGAGAAACAACCAUAUCCUAAAAAGAAUUAUACCUACAAGUCUGAUGGCAAGAAGUUUACACACAUGGAAACACGGAGAGAAAGACAGAGGUCGCCCAAAGAUGUAGUUGCUACAUAUGUGGGCAAAGACAAGAAGAGUCUGCAAGCAAGUGAUUCUAAUGAUGCUCCGAAGAAGAACCGCUUUUAUGAUCUGCGCUCUAGACGUGAGCAAGAGACUUCCCCGGCUGAUCAUCAUGUAUCCACAAAGAGCAGUCAGAGGACACUAGCUCGAAGAAAUAUUGAGGAACAAGAGGUUCCGAAUGCACCAGAUGUGCAACCCCAAGGAGAGGUUACCAAUGCCAAAUUCUGGGAAGCUAUCCGCAUGUUAAGUCAAGUUGUGACCAACCAGAUAAAGGAAGCAAGAAUAAAGGAGUUCCUCACCUUGAAACAGGACACCAUAAGUGUACAUGAGUACGGGUUGAAUUUCACCCAACUAUCUUGCUAUGCUUCGGAGAUGGUGAAGGGCAUGAGGAGAAGAAUGAGUUUGUUUGUUGCCGGGUUAGGUCAUGCUUCAAGUAAGGAAAGUAGGGCUGCCAUGGUGAUAGGUGACAUGGACAUAUCAAGGCUGAUGAACUUCAAGGCUAGAAUGACUCAGUCUGAAGGUAGUGUGGCGCAAGGAGGAAGCAAGGCUCCUGUAUGUACUAAGUCUGGUAGAUACCACCCAGUAAAUUGUCGUGAUGGACAGAAAGGUUGUUACAAGUGUAGUCAAGAGGGUCACUUCAUGAGAGAGUGCCCCAAGAAUAAGCUAGGGGUGGAAAUAGAGCUCAAUCUUCAUCAGUUGCUCCACCAAAUUGGGCUGCACCCAGGGGAGCCACUUCUGGGGAAGAAGAGGGAAAGAUGCAGCGCUAGGGAUGCUGGUCGCAGCUGUUGCGAGAAGGGAGGAGGAGAAGAGAUCGAAGAAGAGGGAGUCGGAGAGAGGGAGACGGGUAGAAGGACGGGAAGGGGGAGGAGGCGGAAGAGAGAGGGGAAAGGAGAAGAAGAGGGAAAGAGAGGAAGAGAGGAGAUGGGGCGUCUACGGUCCAUUGUUGAUGCUGCCGGUCGGAGUUGUGUGGCAGCUCGUUGGAGUGUAGAAGAGGAAGAGAAGAGCGAAGGGGAGUCAAGGAGGACGAGUGAGAAUGAGAGAAGGGGGAGAUGGGAAAAGAGAGAAGGGUCGCUGCCAUCGCUUGGUGGUGGAGAUUCUCGCCGGAAAGAAUGGAUGGAGAUAAAAGGGGGCGGUCUAGAGACUGGAGAGAGGGGUGAAGAGGAAGACGAGAGGGAAAAGAGGGGAGAAGAAGAGAGGGUGGAGGAAGCGACGGGAAGGGGAUGA